CGCCCCUCUGCAAGGCCUUUCAGAAAGUUCCAUACAUCAUCCCACGCAAUACCCAUCGCCGCUCCCCCGACCCUUCCAGACUGGUCCGGUGCUUAUCUUUGACUUUAAAGCACCAAUCACCAACAGCGCGCACGUCGCUAAUUCUGCAACAGAGGAUCUGGAGAUCUUCGGCCAUGGAGUAUCGGCGCACCUCCCUAGUCAUAAAUCGGCAGCAACAGGCCCCUCAGAAUUCCCACAUAUAUGCUUCCUUUGCACCGCCAAACCGAAACACCAAUGGAAGUCUGUUCGAUUCUCCGACAAUGUGGUGGGACGAGGAACGGAUCGAAGCAACGGUCAAUCGCCAAUUCGUCUUGGCAAAACUACGUCCGGAUGAACAAGCACGACUAGAUCAGCCUCUUGGCUUUGGUGAUGGAUUGACUGAUGAUACGUACAUGGAAUGGAUUGAGACGAAGGCAAAACGGAUUUUUCUGAUUUUGGUCGACUUGGGCGUGCCUGAUCAAAUCUUCGGCGUCAUUGAUGAUUCGUGGGACGAUGACGACCUUCCUGUGCCACUGGACCAAGUCGAGCGGCUUCAAUUGACCUAUGAUAGAGAUGAAAAGUUGGAGAGGAAGUUCUUUCAACGCCAAUUUAUAUAUUUGUUGCGGAAUAUUCAACGCGGGGAGCAUGUUUCUUACAACGACGAGGAAGUAGUGCCUCUUGAAUCGGCAGAGAAAAGGCCGGUCAGUGUGACAGGUUUAACGGUUGGCAAUGUUGAUAGAGUGCACCUUCCUGGAAGACCCGACGAUAUCUUCAUUCGACGGCGGAUACCGCUCGGAGUCACACCUGGCCGUUUACCCCAGGAAGAGUUUCUAUCGGGAAUUGAAGCUAUGAAAUCCAUUGAGCACGACCAUCUUAUGUCACUUUGGGCCUCGUACAGCUAUCAAGGUUGCGGCUUUCUACUCUUGACACCUGUGAACGAUAGUAGUCUCAAAUCGUUCCUUGCAGUAACUCCUCAGUCCGUGAAGAUAUUGGCGAAGCAAGAUAGGAGGAUUCUGCUUUUGAAUUGGAUGCAUUGUCUGGCAGACGCUGUUUCAUUCCUCCAUGGACAAGGCGUUGCUCAUCGCAGCAUAAGACCCUCGAAUGUGAUGCUUGACCUCGACAAUCACAUAUUUCUUGGCGACUCUGGCAUCUUUCCGACAGCAAAUCUGAGCGGGGAGAAGCAGGGCUUCGACAAGGAAGUAUACGACUACGCUGCGCCUGAGCAAACACCACGACCCCCUCCAGCACCAGUCGUAUCGUUACCCGUCUCUCGGCCAAGCACAGCGAGACGUGCAACAGCGCCUUCUACUGGCACAACUUUUGCAGUCACUUCUCACGCUACUCACACGAGCUAUUCUACCUUUCCCGACACUGCAUCAAUAUACACCAACUCGACAGGCUCCGGUUCCAGCAAUUCACCACCAAAACAUGGAUUCUCUGGAUCAAAACAUGAUCCCCAGAAGUCCGAUAUUUUCAGUCUCGGUGCCAUGUUCCUCGAGAUCCUCACUUUCUUCCUGAAACGAACAUCUCGCAACUUCGCUUCUCACCGCGCUGCCAAAAACAAGACCCCCGGUCGAGGCGGCGGUCUACCCGAUUCCUCCUUCCAUAAGAACCUAGGACAAGUCGAGAGCUGGAUUGCAACCCUCAAAAAAGAUUCCAGCAAGAAAGAAGACAAAGUAUUCCGAGGCGUAACAAAGAUCCUCGAGCUCACGGAACGCAUGAUGAAAGCCGAUCCCGAAGAGCGACCACUAGCUACCGAGGUCGAAGAUAUCCUGUACAAUAUCAUGAACGAACAAUGUGGACUAGGUCAGACAUCAGACAAAAGUAGUAGCAUCCAUUGCGAGAACCGGAACGUGGAGACGAACGAGUGGAACUUCGGCUUCGAUCAACUGCGCUUAGCGUCUCAACGAGCUGCUGCAGAAGCAUGUGCGAGUGUGAAUCCAGUCACUGCCAACGGAGGCACCCUCGGCUUGAACGGAGGGGUCAUCUAUGGCAUUGAAAGGACUCAGUCUGUUAUGUCGAACGCCUGGCCUACAUCACCUACGUCACCUACUUCACCUGUCAAAGAACGCCUGCCAACGAGAGAUGGCAGUAUCGCUACUAGCAAGAGCAGGAGUAGCGAAGGAAAAAGCAGACAAGGAAGUACGAGCCAAGGCAGCGGUAAUACGCACGGGAAAACGAAACCAAAAGCCAAGGCCUGGCAAGCGCCAGUUUAUGCUGAAAUGAGCUGGGGCUAAAUAACUCCAUCCAUCCCUACAACGAAGAAACGACACUUGAACGAACGAACUUGCUUUAGCCUUGCAUCGGAGUCGCCUCCCCUUUUCUAAAAAGCGCUUUUGUUUCGUACGCAUCUACCCAUUCUUUCUGGCUGGCUGGUGUUUUGAUAUGCUCGGGCAUGGUGUUCUGGGUGGAGUUUUGUAAUCAUUUUAGGGAGGGAAAGGGAGCGCAUGGACGUCUGUCGUUUUGUAAGAGCAGCUAGCAGGUACAUCUAGAUAAAGAGAUAUUAUUGGCGAGAGGAUGGAAAAUGACCGUUUCUACACUCUGAAGU